CCCGGCGGAGCCUCCCCGGGCUCCGGGGGCGCUGUGCGGGGCCGGAGCUCAGUGCUCGGCCUCGGCCCGCCCCUUCCUCCGAGCCGGGACCGGGCUCCGCCAUGCCGAAGCACGAGUUCUUCGUGGACAUGACCUGUGAGGGCUGCUCCAAUGCGGUCACCCGCGUCCUGCACAGGCUGGGAGGUGUCCAGUUCGAUAUUGACCUGCCCAACAAGAAGGUGUACAUCGACUCGGAGCACAAUGUUGACACCCUCUUGGAAACUCUAAAGAAGACUGGAAAGAGCGCGUCCUACCUGGGGGAGAAAUCCGCACAGUAACCUGGUAUGAGGAGGCUAGGAAUUCAAGCAGGACUUCAGCAAAACGAUGGCUUAACUGUUUGCCUAUCUCCAGCUUGCUCCGUCAUUUGACCUUUCCCGGCCCUGCCAGAUGUCAGGAAGCGGAGUGCUGGCAGGAGGAGACAGCUGCAUUUGGGGUUUUAAAAAUGGACAAAUCUAGAGAAGGAGGUUAUACGCUGUUUCUAGUCCCACAGUAAAUCAAGGUGCUGCUUCUAUCUUUCAGCAUA